UUUUCCGACCGUACCUGAAGGCAGCAAAAGUUCGAAAAGUAUGGCGGCGGAGUGUUUGACAACAGUAACAGAGCAAUGGAUACGGGACAGAUUACAAUUAAAACAUCCCUAUCUUGGUGAUGUCCGCUCGCUGAGCCUCCCGGGGACCUACGAGGAGAAGAUCAGACAUCUGGGAAACGCACUGAUUCACUUUGUCCGUCUGAAGUCUCUGGACCUCUCCUGCAAUGCACUCGUCUCGGUGGAGGGCGUUCAACAUUUGAAAGUGUUGGAGAGGCUGAUCCUGUACUAUAACUGUAUACCUUCCCUUGAAGAGGUGAAGGUGCUGUAUGAGCUGCCAACUUUGAGAGAGCUGGACCUCAGGCUCAACCCCUUGACCAAAACUCACCCACACUAUCGCCCUCAUGUGGUGCAUGCCAUGCCCAGCCUGCGCAAACUAGAUAGCUGUCCAGUCAGAGACACUGAGCGGAAAGCUGCCAUAAUGCAGUUCUCCUCUGACCUUCUACCUCAGCAGAAGAGCUCAUCUUUAAAUCAGGCUCCUGGCCAGAGAAGCAGUAAUCAGAGACUGGCUUUAGUUGAUCGCUUAACUAAGAGGCUCUCUCUCCUGACCGACACCGAUGAUAUUGUGUUGAAUUUCGUUGGUACAAAUCAUGGGGACCAAAGAAAAACUCCGCCCCUCUCUGACUCAGUUCACAAGGAAGCAGAAGAGGACGAAUCAAAAGAUUUUACAGAACAGAGGAGUUCUACUCCAAAACAGGAAACUGCUAAAUCCAUCCUCAGGUAUCCCCCCACAAAAUAUGAUAACACCAAGUCCAAAGUGCCACACACGAAAGAGCCAUCUGAUAAAAGAAACUCUACCUCAUUAAAAGUGACUGAAAGACCAAAGGUAUCCUUCGGCCCCUAUGUAGAGAAACAAAGACCUGUACCUGGAAAACAAAAGCAAAAGGAUCUCCCCAAACAAACCAGACAUGUAGCCAAGGGACAUUAUACCCCCAAUCCUGAUCAAAGUUGUCGGCAUAGCUCUUCAUUUAUUAAUAUCCGCCCUCCCAGUCCAUGCCGUCCUGGUUUCAAUCUGUCUGACCCCUCCAACCCUAUCUUACAUCCUCCAAGACUGACUUACUCUAGCUUCAACAAGACAGAAGGGGGCUCCAGCCUGCCGGAGACAGUGGAAAAGAAAAAAAGGGGUACUUAUAGGAAACCCCUGGAGAUGCUCCUCAACCUUGUGGACAAACAUUGGAUGGGAGAGAGAUCGCUCCAUCAUAACAACAACUUCCUGUCUCAGGCAGUCCAGAUCCUUUCUAUGAUGGAAAACGAUAUUUCCAGUCGGGAGGCUGAGGUCAGGACCUUAAGACGGGAAGCUGACGCGCUGAACUUUCAAGCGGCUGCACGAGAGGAAGAGCACAAAACUGAAGUCCGUAACCUCUCUGUUCAGCUGGAGGAAGCGCGCAGUGCAGUCGGCAAACUAAAUGAGCAGUUGAGGAUUGUCUUGGAGGAAAAUGUCUCUCUACAGAAACAGCUCAUCAAGUUAGAACGACAGUAUCUCAAGUCUAUGAUGAAAAGUUCGCCUAUUACUCAGAUUAAAGAGGCCCAGACAGAGGUGGAGGAGCUGAAGAAAGAGAUCGAGGGGUUGAGGGAGAAAGUGCAGGAGGCUGAGAAAGUCAAGGAAUUGUCAAAUAUGCUGCAAGAAAGCCACAGGUCCCUGGUGGCUACCAAUGAGUGUUUGCUAGCUGAGCUGAAGGGAAGUGGGGAACUUUAAAGGAGAAUUUGAAUGAAGAGAAGCACCCUGGGAUUAAAAUAUCCAAGCAAGACUAUGAUGUGCGUCAUAUUAGUGCUACAUUCGCUGCACAAAGCCAAGCUACAAAUGGUUUUUAAUUCCUUUUUACUUACUUACUACAUUUAUUUUUUUGUGUGUAUUAAGUUCCCACCCUUUCUGUGUUUAUAGUAUGUUUUAUUAUUUUCCAAAAAUAUGUAUAGGCUGUUUGCUUGAUGUAAACAGUAACGGGGAGAGGCAAUUCUUUGAAGAAAGUUUGUGUAUGAGCGUGUGACAGGGCUGUUAUGUUUAUGAUGAUGAUUAUUAUGAGUGGAAAAAUGUUAGCGAGAAGGUCAUAAUGUAUUUCCUGGAUCAGUGGCAAGAUUUUGUGUCUCUUAGUUUUUUUUUUUUUUUUAGGUCACUUGUGUCUCCAUCUGCUUUGUACGCUGCAGUGGAAUGAAUGCAUCUAGAUUCCAGCUGCACUGUGACUUUAUUUAUACCUCUGCCUGAGGGCUGGAGAGCUACACACACACACAAACACUUUCCUCUCACAAACACUAAUGUAAGACCUGGCAAACCAGGUUAGGAUGUGGAUGCUACUACAUAAAACUGGUGGGGAGUUUCACAGUGUUCCUGGAAAAGCCUUAAGAAUAUAAAACAUUGUGUUUUGACUUACACCCUGUAACCUGCUCAACAGAGGUUCAGGAGUGUGUUUUUUUUUAUUUUCCAUAAUGCACUACAAAUCAUGAACACACAUUAAGAGGCCUAAAGAACAAGAACAAAAACACACUGCAUGCACCAGGGCACAAUAGUACAUUUAAAGUUAUUUGGGGGAAAAAAAAACAUAAGACAAUAUUGUUCCUCCACAUUAAAGGUGCACAGUAUUUGGCAUAAAGCACAGAAAACAGAUCAUACUCAAGCUACUGCAGCAGACAAAAAACACACCGAUAGCUGCUAUGCUUGCGCUUGAUGCAUGAUUCUUCAUCAGCUGAGGCUACAGGUAAUGUGUGACAAAUGUGAGACAAACACUGUCACUGUUGGAAAAAUAUUCUACAAAAGUAUAUUACUUGUUUGCAAUUUUCCCUUUAUCUCGUACAGUAUGUAAAGAUAUAACAGUAAAACCCUGCUCUUGUUUUCA